AGCAGUUCCGGUGUGCAGUUCAAGGCGUGCAAGUAAGAGUGAAGAGAGCGGGAUAAAAAUGACACCGGUAAAAGAUGGGUCAGGACCAGACCUUAUUGACAGGACAAUAAGAAUGAGAAGGGAGGAGCAAGCAAGGAAGGUGGUCUUGGCCUGGGGUAUUCUGAAUGUCUCCCUGGCGGGAAUGAUUUACACCGAAAUGACUGGGAAAAUGUUGAGCAAAUACUGGAACAUCACCUACUGGCCUCUUUGGUAUAUAGAGUUUGCCCUUGCCGCUUUGUUCAGCCUUAAUGCCUUGUUUGAUUUCUGGAGAUACUUCAAAUACACAGUGACUCCUUCCAGCUUGGUUGUGAGUCCUGAACAGCACAGACUACUCGGUCUCAGGCACUCAGGCAUACAGGCAUCUCCUCCUCAGAAGCCAGAAAACCAAGAGAAACCUUCUCCUACACAGUCCUCCCCCGUUCAAGGCCAGAGUGUGCUGAGUUACAGCCCCUCCCGGCCACCCAGUGCAAGUCCCAAGUUCGCCCCAGGUUGUAUAACAGGAUACAGCCCUCCUUUGCAAAGUCCUUCCCCCACAGGCAGUGGCUCAUACUCCUCGCCUGUGGCCUAUUCAGCAAGCAACAGCUUUAGCAAGGUGGUGAGCUAUAGCCUGACUCCAGGUUCUCCUCCAUAUCCCAGCAGUAUUGGACCAGCAGAAGGCUCUAAUCUUCGGUCUCGCUAUCGCACUUCACCCACUGUGUUCAAAACUCCUGGUGGGAAAGAGGAUUACAUGGCAGACCUCAAAUCACUGGAGAUGUUCCUACGUUCUGAAGAAGAGAAAAGGCAUCGCAGCCAGCUCGGAAGUCCAGAGUCUGUUUCCCCUUCAAACAGUCCAACAUUCUGGAAUUACAAUCGCUCUGUGGGAGACUAUGCUCAGACCCUAAGGAAGUUUCAGUACCAGCUAGCCUGCAGGUCCCAGGCUCCUUCAGCAAACAAAGAUGAGACUGACCUGGGGUCCAAACAUGCUGCUGAAGAGGUCUGGGCCAGGGUUACAGUGAACCGUCAGCUGCUGGAUCGCAUUGAUUCCUGGACUGCCAAGCUCAGAAAUUGGAUUAAUGAGACUAUUCUGGUUCCUUUGGUGAAAGAGAUUGAUUCUGUGAAUACUCUGCUGCGGAGAAUGGGGUGCCCUGAACUGCAGACUGGAGAGGCCAGUAUCAGUAGUCUUAAACAAGCAGCCCUUGUCAAAGCAUCCUUGAUCCCAACAUUGAAUGCUCUUGUGCAGUAUCUGGACAUCACAUCUAAUCAGGAAUAUCUGGUGGAACGAAUCAAAGACUUGGCACAUGGUGGGUGUAUGAGCUCAUUUCGAUGGAAUGGAGGAGGUAAUUUGAAGGCAAGGAAAUGGGACACUGACCUGCCUACAGAUUCUGCAAUAAUUAUGCAGGUGUUGUGCACUUAUCUGGACUCGAGACUUCCUCCUCAUCCCAAAUACCCUGAUGGAAAAACAUUCACAUCCCAGCAUUUCAUACAAACACCUGACAAACCAGAUAUGUCAAAUGAGAACCUGUUUUGCAUUCAUCAAAGUAGUAUUAACCCUCCACACUACCAACUCAUCUAUCAGGGACACAUCUACAAUCUUCCAAAGGGUCGAAACAAUCUGUUCCAUACAGUCCUUAUGUUCUUGUUUGUUGUAAAGACCAAGGAAUCUGGAAUGUUAGGAAGGGCAAAUCUUGGCCUGUCUGGAGUAAACAUCCUGUGGAUAUUUGGUGACUGAUGUACUCUGUGCUGCUGUUCCUGAGUUUGUGUCAUUACUUGUCUUUAGUAGGUGGAUUAUAAUCUGGAUUCAUUGUAUGAGUUUGUUCUUGUGAUCAUAAAGCACAAAGAAUGCUGUUAAGUAUCUGGGGUCAGUUUUAAGAUAAAGAACACUGCAGAUUUUCAAGGCAGAGCUUUCUGAUGAAUUAAAAACUGACCUCAAAAGCAUCCAUUGAAAGCUCUAACUGUCUGAAGUAAACAGUAUGACUCUUGUAGUACAUUAUUGCUAUAUAACAGGAUUUAUACCAAUGUAUAGUAUUCUGCAACCUACUGACUUUGGGCUAGAUUCACAAAGCUAUUUACUCCAAAUCACAUUUUUCAGAAAGGAAAAACACAAUAAAUUUAACUAACAAGAAAUAAACAACUUACUUCAGGGGCUUGUAAGUAUGUGCAAUGUUAUGUUUUUCCUUUCAGAAAAAGUGUUGAGUGUUAUUGGUUAAUUGCUCUGAUGGGUUACUUCCACAUGUGAAGACAUAAAUGAAAGGUUUUCUUGCCAUUUUAAAUGCCACUUUUAUCCAAGAUUUCAAUGAAUUAUUGCUUUUCAGUAGUUUAAUAUUUGUAUAUAUGAAUGUAACUUUUACACGCUACUGGUAUUUAGUAUAUUUAUUGUAUAGUUCAAGUACACCCAUUUUCCUUAAGGAAUGAAGAGAAAUGUAACAAUUUGAUUUGAAGAUAACCAUAGGUCUGUUGUUAAUUUAGAUUUAUUUUUUAAUAACGGAACUGUCAGUCGGAUCUGAGUUAAGAACAUUUAAAAGUGGGUGAUGUAAAUUCUUGUUUUAAGAAACGUAUGUUUUAUUUGUCCUUAGUAUUUUAAGGAAAGCUUCAUACAUUUAGCACUGACGGAAGCAGACUUUUCUAGAGAACAGUAUCAUUUUUUUUUGUUUUCUAUAUGGAAACUUAAACUGAAACUCGGGUACUAUUGAACUUGAGCUGCUUACAGUUUGUUUUCUUUCUGAAGUUUUAUCUGCUUCAACAUAAAACAUACAAGUCUGAUCACACCAACUACAAUACAUGGGAUGGGUUUGUUUGCUGGGUUAGUAUCAAAUAUAUAUUGCCAAAAAAAAAAAAAAAAAAAAUGUAAACCACUUUGGAAAUCAAAGUUCAGUGUCUGGUGUGGAUGGGGAAGGCUUAAACUUUACUUUGCAGUUUCUGUUGAACUGCUUGGGUCCUCUUCUGUUUGUGGAGUUUUCUAGUGCAGUUUAUUCAAAAUAAUUUCAGAUACUGUCAUGAAAUUGUUUAAUCUCUGUGUGAACUUUGCUUUCAUUGUAUUAACAAAAUUGCAACUGAAAUAAGCAUACCUGCAUCAAACCUAUUUUUUUCUAUUAUUGAACUAUUUUUUUUUAAAUAAACACUCAAACAGUAUUCUGUCUUGUAAUGAUAAAAUUGCAAACUAGAUGUAUGUUCAUUAAACAUGAGUGAACAG